UGUAGGUCCCAGCAGCGGCGGAGGCAGGCUGGUGAGUCCUCCUCCUUCUGCCACCGUCACCAUAGCCGAGAGAAACCAGUCGGACGUCCUCUGCGCCUCCGGUUCACACAUUGCAGGAUUCAGACGCGCAACCGGAGGAAUGCGAGGCAAAAAUCGGUGUUUAUUUGGACUUUUGGAUGAGAGAACUUCCUUUUAACGCGUGCGUUUUGAUUUCGAGAGUCUCCGGAGCCCAUAAAAAGGCUUUAAAAUGUCUCACCAGCAGCGACUUGUUCAGCUCUCAGCAGCUUCGCUGGCUGUAGUUUUCGGCCCGGAUGAGGAGAGUGUGCGCGCCGGCGGAGGGAAACUCGGCGGCACCGGUGCGAACGGUCAGGAGAUUUUCGAUGACUUUAAAGCGCAAAACUCGCGAAGUUUCUGGAAUAAGAGACUGGUCAAGGCUAUAGCUGAGGUGUACUUUCAGGGAUGGAUGGAAAACUUCGUGCUUUUCAUUCAAGGCAACGCCAGCAACUUGGAGGUGCUGAGGGAAGCGUGGAUGCGCAGGGCUUUGAGGUCACCGAAGGGAUUUAUCAUUAAAGCUGUCGGUGACCUGUCCCCAGUGCAGAUGUCGCCUGUUCCUCAGUCCCAGUUCAUUCCCCUGGCUGAGGUGUUGUGCUCAGUCAUCUCAGACAUGAACUCUUCCCAGAUCACCGUCAGUCAAGACUCACUUGUCAACUACAUGAGCAAAGCUCAUCCAGGGAUAACCAUCCCCACUCAGGACAUCCUCUAUAACGCUUUAGGCAAUCUGAUCAAGGAACGCAAGAUUUACCACACAGGCGAGGGCUACUUCAUCGUCACUCCACAGACUUAUUUCAUCACCAACAACAUGGUCAGAGAGAAGAACUGGUGGACUUCUUCUUCAGCAGAUGACGCUCCUUUACCUCCUCCCGUUACUUACCUGCUAAGUAACGACAUCUGCGUCGAGAGCACACAAACGCCCCCAGUCGCCCACUGCAAGUCCUGCAGCUGUUUUAGCCCCCUCCAAAUUUCCACUAAUGCCAUGACUGCUCCAGCAACUGUCCCUCCCUCCACCGUCCCAGAUCAGCAUUCCGUGUCCGUGUCCAUAAGCGAAUGCACGGGGAAAAGCUUAAAGUGGCCGCGACCUUUAGAUCACAAACCCACCGUGCAACAUCAGUCCACCUCCACUGCAGCAGAUUGUCAGGCAAGUGAGAUCAGCAAGACUACAGCCACUACUAACGCCACCAGCCGCAAAGAAAAAGAUAAACCAGGGAGGAGGUUUGGGCUCAGUUUGUUCCGGAGGAAUGGAGGAAAAAAGGAGAAACCGAAGAAGGAGUAUGCAUCUUUUUCAGGCCAGUUCCCUCCAGAAGAGUGGCCUGUAAGAGACGAGGAAGACCUGAACAACUUACCCCGUGAUCUGGAGCAUGCAAUCAUCAAACGCAUCAACCCUGAGCUAACUGUGGACAAUCUGACACGCCAUACCGUCCUCAUGAAGAAGCUGGAGGAGAGAAGGGAGAGAGGGAUAGAAAAAGUGCUGGACAAGGGUGUUGAUAAAGAUGAUAAGGGAGUUGACAAGGGAAUGUCUACUGAGGUAUUGGCAUCUUCAAAACUGAGGCAUCAUCACUCAUCCAAGGCAGGAGCAGGCAAAAGAUCUGCUCAGAAAGCCUCUCGCAGCAAGAGGAGGAGCCACUCGUCCAAAGAGAAGCACAGGGAAAAGGAGAAGGACAAGGUUAAGAACAAAGCUUCCAUAUGUGCGGACAAUUAUCCAGAGGGGGAGGAUUUGAUCCCUACGCGGCUCAGAGUGGAAAUCGCUGUUGAUGAACCAGUUCAAGUGGAAGAAUGUGGAACUGCUGAGGGAAAGUCUCUUUAUAAGAAACGCAUUGAAAACCCUUUCCAGGCACAUCCGCUGAAAGAAGCCGAGAACAGAAUUUCCGCUGCCAGAGAGCACAGAAGACGAGAGGUGAAAGAGCACAAGACUUCGGGAUCAGGGAGGAAGGACCGAACGAGUCAUCGCUCCAAAUCUUGGGACCCACACCGAGCCAGACUGAUGGCAGCAGAUGGAGAGAAUGAAGGGAAAUUCACUACAUCUGAAGAACAAUACAGCUGCAACCCUGAGAGGGACUUUAGUGCUGAUCUUCUUUUCCAGUCGGACACGAAGCCCAGCAGAGAGCUGCCACUAAACUACAGCUCAGUCUACCCACAGAGCAGUACGCUUCGCAUAGAUGACAAGGUCAGACAGAGAGAGGACAGAGAGAGCAAACAUUUUCAGGAUGCCCCAGAAUAUGACAGUGUGCCAGAUCGCAGCCAAAAUAUAGUUGGAAGUCUUCCUAACAUCCAGCAGUAUUCCAGUGCUAAUGCCUCUCUCCCCACCCAUCCCUAUGAGCUUGCCAUAAUAAACAAUGCAUAUGAUCCAAAUCUGCCAUGGCCCAAGCCCUCUUUACAGCGGAAACAUUCCCUCAGACUCUCCAACCCACAAAAAGACAGCACACAGAGGCCUAAUGAGCUCUCUGAAACUACAGAGACCCAGGACCUGCAAGAGAUCAGACCUGUCACUGUCAAUAACAGAGAGCAAAGAGCCAUGAGCCUGGGAGAAAGGCUGGAACUGACAUCUAACAGCACUGCCUUGGUAACAGACACUGAUGGCUUUACAGAGGACGACUGCAGACUCUAUCAGAGAGCAGCCGAUCAGGAGGAUGAUGAUGCCUGCAGCUCAUUGUGCCUGAAUGACGAUGAGGUUACAGAGGAUGCAAGUAAGUACACAGCAGGUGGUGCGGACUAUCAGGGUCACCAGCUGGUUUACCAAAACCACGACUCUAAUCUGAAGUAUCAGGGACCACACAGUCGCCAUUUUAAAUCCAACUUUCACCAGCCAGAAAUCACCUUAAUGCAGGGGUCAGCAGAUCGAAUUUCUCUGGCAGUCCAGAGGGAAGAUACCCUCAGCCCGUCCAGACCUGAAGACACCAGCUGGAGACUCCAUCAUCAACACCAGAAGAUCAGAUCACCAAGAACCGAAAGCAAAUCCAGCCCAAAACGGGAUGCAGCGAUCCAGGGAGAAAGACAGCACAAAGAUGACCUUGAUUUGGACUGUUCAGAAGCAUGUGAAGUUGGAGACAGUAGCAUCUUUGACUACUGCCAGACUAGCGAGAUGGAAUCAGACACAGAGACUGUGAGGAAGUCGGCUGAUGAAGGUGACGGUGAGUCUGCUCACUGGGCAGCUGAGGUGGAGAAGAAGGAGGAGGAAGAGAAGCAUGUACCUCAGGCCCACAGGGCUGCUCUGAGCAUGCCCGAUGGAGCUAGAGGGCCAGACGUUAGGGAAGCUGUGGAAACGGGAGAGAAUCAGAGCAUCACAGGAGACAGCGGUAUAGAUUCUCCAAGGACCCGGGUCAGCUUGGCGUCUAGCAACACUGUCCUUCUUGAAGGCCUCAAGAGAAGAGGCUUUUUGCAGAACCUGGAGAAACUGCAUUCGAAGAGCAGUGCCAUUCGAGCACAGAGCUCACUGCUGCAGCUGACUCCUGUCAUGAACGUGUAGCAGGCUUGAACUUCACGUUGGACCUUCACAGGCCUCAUCUGGAAGAGGCCUCAAACCUCGUAGUUAUAUACGACAGUUAGUAAUAUAUCCGAUAUCACAGUUUUAUGCAUAUCUUCACAUAAUGAUAGCCAUUGCUAAAGAGGCAUGUGUACAGGUGUACAGUAUAUAUUUUGUGUUUUUGUAAAUAACUUUGUGAUAUGCCAUGGUGCAUGGUGUAUUAGCAGCACUGUGUCAUUUAAAUGUACAGUUUUCCUUCUCUACAGCUCUAGUGUUACCCUUUUUCUUUCUCGUCAUGUAGAAAUUACUACAAAUAAAACUGUAUAUAUAAACCCACAUUGUCUUGAAAUGGACGUCUCCAUAUGAAACGUUUUACCAACACAAUAUGAGUGCCUGCAAGAAUUAUUUUACGCUAUGCUAUCAGUGUAACUGGCCCCAGUUCAUCCAUCCAUCCAUUCGUUUCUUCUGCCUUUCCAACUCAGGAUCGUGGGGCAGCUGGAGUUGGGUGAAACUGGGCUGGUUGCCAGUCUGUGGCAGGACUAACACAAAAGGAGAGACAAGCAUUCACACACACGUUAACACAUACGGCCAAUUAACAACUAAUUAGCCUAACAUGCUUGUCCCGCAAAUGUAGGAGGAAGCUGGAGAGACCGACGGCAUGCAUGUAAACUUCAUACAGAAAUACCCUGGGAUUCAAACCCUGGGAUCUUCUUGCUGUCAGGCAACGGCACUGAACAGCUCUGCUUUUAUUAAACUGGUAGAUAUUGCUUAAAACAGACAGAUUCUAAUGUACUUUAUUUUUGUGAAUAAAUGAAUUAAAAAAUAUGUUGUUGGGUUUUAAGAAGCAAGUAAAUUUCGGGGGGUUCACUAUCUUGUCUAAGGAUGGUUCAACCUGCAGGUUGGAGGAGCCGAUGAUCAAACCACCAAUCUUCAUAACAGCGGAUAACCUACUCUUGCUCUUGAACCACAGCCACCCCAGUGCAAAUAUCCAUGUGUCUGCAUAACCUCAGUAUUUCUGAGGGUUACGUGACAAUGAGUCCUCAGCCUUGAACGUCUGCCUCAGCAGACUUAGGUCACCCUGCAGUUGAGAAUGAAUAUAAACCAGUGUAGUGGUGAGCGUGGGAGACAUUACGUGGAUGUUUUUACAGAGGUCACAGGAAAUUCCCAAAAGCUUCAAAAGGGCUGUUCCUAGCCUUGAAGGCCAAACAAGUUAAGGUGAGGUUUCAGUUAAAAAUGUUCAGCUGCAGGAAGGAUAAAACUACUAUUUAAACAGAUGUUAAACUGAAGACCAGGACCUGCUUCACAGCCGGAAUCUCCCUGUUCUUGAAGAUGUUUCAAGGAGAAAGAGUGACACCAUGUGGAGACACUGUGGAAAUGCAACCGCAACCUUGUGUUGAGGUAAACAUGCCAACACAUUAACCCACAUAACCCACCAGUUGUGUGUCAGCAAUACGGCAUCCAUCUAGAAAAUAAUGGACUUUGUCAUAAAUCUCUGUACUCCAUUGACUGAACACCACAAGGUAGUCAACAACCUUUAUUUAUCCAUAUAUGUGCCACUCAAACUGGGAAGAGGUGUUACAGGAUUUGCCCUUAAGAGAAGUCUAUAUGGAUCUUUUACAUGUUUUCUCUCUACAGUGAGGCCAUUGACAAAAAUGAAGGGGCAAAAAAAAUAGACAAUAUGGUAGUAACAGUGUAAACACAUGGUAAUAUACACAAAAGCAAAAAAAGCAAAAAAAUAGGUAUCAGUGACAUCAAAUUAAAAUGUAGGGUAAAGUUAGUAUGAAUAAGAACAAAAGACUCCUGGAACCCCUAACUUUUUUUUCUCAACAGCUCGGCAUACAUUUCUACAUAGCAUGCAAUAAGGCACCUAUCUAACACAAGGAAGAAACCUAUGCUACAGUGAAGCACAACUGUUAUUGAAAUAAAAAGAAUAUUGCUCACCAAAAUGUUCACUCUGAUAAAAACUGUAUCUCUCUCAUUCCCUUUCAUAUAGCCCAAGCUGUAUCUAAAAAAAUACAUCAGUUUGUAAAAGAUAUUUUACACAGAACAGUAAAUAGAACGCUAUCCGUUGGACAUUGGAAAAUCUUGUAAAAGUGAGAUUUUCUCAUGUAGUCUUUUAGUAUACACAAUCUUUUUUCUCUCUCCAUUUAGAUCAAAUUGUGAUAGUUCGCAGAUCAACAUGAGUAAGAGUUACCUAUAUGCUAUACACAGGUAAUUGAAUUAGUCUCCAAAGGAAUAAAGUGUGAUGUUGCAUUUAAUGUACAUUUGGUGCUUGGGUACAGAGGAAACCGCACGGUAAAUAAUUAGGACACGGCUCAUGUUGGAAUAUGCUACCCAUUAGGUUUUUAUUUUCUAUUAUGCAUUUCUUUAUGGCUAAACCGCAGGUCAUAAUAGACAGUGUGUCAGCCAGCCAGUAUUGCUCUCUGUACAGUCUAUGCAGCAACGCCAACUCAUCAUAGACAUACAAAAUAACAACCUUAUAAAUAUACAGGAUGGCUCAAGUCUGGUGGAGCCCAAUGUCAAGAACAAGCUGCAACUGAACACCUGCAACAAUUUGAUCUCCAGCACUUUAAAAAAAAAAAAAAAAAAAAAAAUGGAGACAAAGUGGAG